AUGUCUGCCAUCCCCACGAUAUACCGCGCGGCGCGGCGGGCCCGGGGCGUAGGUACCGCCGAGACACCGCUGGGCGUCGAGCUGGUGACGGAGACGCUGGGCCAGGUCGGGCCGGGUGACGUGCUGGUGCGCGUGCGCGCCGCGUCGCUCAACUUCCGCGACGUGGCUAUGCUCAACGGCCGGUACCCGAUCUCCGCGCUCGAGCGCGGCGUCCCGGCGUCGGACUGCUCGGCCGAGGUCGUGGCCGUCGGCGCCGCCGUGACGGGCUUCGCGGCCGGUGAUCGCGUGGCGCCUACCCUGGCGCGGUACUCGCUGACGGGCGAUGAAUACAAUGUCUUUCAUACGGUGCUGGGCGGCGACGUUGAUGGUGUCCUGCGCGAGUACGCCGUGUUUGCGGCCGAGCAGCUGGUGCACCUGCCCCGGCAUCUGAGCUGGGAGGAGGGCGCAACCAUGACGUGUGCGGGCGUGACGGCGUGGAAUGCGCUCAAAGCGGUCGUUGCCGACUCGCUGGGCAAGGGCAAGGACAAGGCCGUGCUGCUAAAGGGCACCGGCGGCGUCAGCAUGUUCGGGCUGCUGGUGGCACUCGCCUCCGGGGUGCGGCCCAUCAUCACGUCGUCGUCGGACGCCAAGCUAGCAGCAGUCCAGAAGCUGGGCGCACCGGGCGCUGUGCUGGGACCAGGCGGCGGCGGGGCGGCGCUCACGGGCGGUUUAGGCGUCGACGUCGUAGUCAACACGGACGGGCCGGCGUCGGUCCCGGCCGACAUUGCGUCGCUGCGCCGCCGCGGCACCGUCGCCGUCGUUGGCUUCCUCAGCGGGCCCGACGGCGACUGGCGCCCGUCGGAGAUUCUGGGGUUGAUUGCCAAGGGGGGGCAUAUUUCGGGUAUCGACGGUGGCAGCAAGCGCGACUUCGAAGAGCUCAACCGGUUCUUCGAGGACAAACAGGUGCGGCUCGAGCCGCUGGUCGACCGCGUCUUUAGCUUUGACGAGACUGAGAAGGCAUUCGCCUACAUGAGUGCCGGGAAGCACGUGGGCAAGGUGGUCAUUAAGUUUUGAGGGGAGCAUUCCACGCAAGAUAUUGGUCGACGUUGCGACUUGUGAAAAUACGAACUCUGUUCAUUUGACAUGGCUGCCCGUGCGAACCUCUCCCUCCUUCUCUGCCGCGUGCUUGUUUCUUGGACGUGGGCCUCCGAGACUGGCGGGCAUGGAGAAAUGUAAGAAGAAGCCCAAUUAAAAGGAAAUAAAAAAA